CCGAAAGGUGACGUUAAGUUCAUCUACGUAGCUCGCAAUAUCCUACGUAUACGUAGCGGCUCUCCAUGAGCUCAACACCCGAAUUCAAAGUCACGUUCUUCCCUCCGCUCCAUCUCCAGAGGCGGGCAUGGAUCAUUGGCGUUCUCAGGCGAGAGCAGCCGGCUUCGAUCCUUGACAUCGGGUGUGGCAAUGGGGAACUUCUCGCCACCCUCUGUCAACCUGCACCAUGGCUCGCCUCCAAGACCGAGACGGAUCGCGCGAACGAUGACGUGCCCUCGACCAGCAACGACCCGCGCAACUUGCACCCUUCCCAUGUCGCCGGUCUCGACAUCUUAGAACAAGAACUCAAUUACGCCGCAGAAGAGACCGCCCCGGGCCUGAACACGCCCUACCCGCGCUGGGAGCCGCUCGAAGUCAAGCUCUGGCUCGGCGCGCUGGAGGUGGUCAACCCCGAAUUCGUCGGCGCAGACUGCAUCAUCGCAACGGAGGUCGUUGAGCACCUCGCCGACGAGGCGCUCGCAGCAUUUGCACCCGUGCUUCUUGGCGUGUACCGCCCGCGCCUUCUACUCAUCACCACACCUUCAUACGCAUUCAACGCGCGGUUCGCACCACCCGACGCUCCAAGACCUGGUGGCUACCCGGACCCAACUAAGCGCACUGACCGGAUCUUCAGGCACGCAGACCACAAGUUCGAGUGGACCGUUGAGGAAUUCACCGAGUGGUGUUCCUGUGUGGCAGAGCAGUGGGGAUACGAAGUCAGCCUGGACACCAUUGGUUACGCGCUCGAAACGGAUGAAUGGGGACGCGACCAAGACAUCGGAGGGGCAACCCAAGUGGCGGAAUUCAGACGCAUCGAUGAGAGUAAUCUCGACGAGAGCGUGCAGUUACAGCGCGAGGAAAAGAAACAGGAAAUGAAAGCAGUGGCAGGAGCCAUGGAACAGCACCGCUUGCUGAUCACACACCAAUACGUCGUCCACGAACGGGUGGGGACACCAGGCUCCUUGGAGGAGAUCGCAGACGAAGUAACGCGGCAAUUCGAUGUGCCUGGUGAGACGCACAUUCGGCUACAGGAAAUCUGGUUUUCCGAUGGAAUUGGCCCGCUGUGCGGUGGCUCGUUGGACCUGCUUACCGAGGCCAUUGAGGCCAACUCCCGACUCGAGCUCCUCACGGAAGAGGAGAAAGGCGUUGGAGACUGGGUGGUUCACAGACUAGGUGCAAUACGACGGUCGUCAACCCACGAAUGGGCCUCAUCAGAGGCGGAUUCGGAGGAGCUAUCGCAGCAGUGGUCGCAUGUCGGACCAGGAGGCGAAGUCAGGCCGGAAGAGGAUUGGGAGGUACCGCAGCCUACUUGGAUAUCGGAGACAGAAGAUUCCAGCAAGGAUAAUCCUUGGGAAGGUGGAGAGAAGGACCCAUGGUCAAACGAGGCCGGUUGGGGGCAGGGAGCUGUCGUCGACGAAGAAGAUUCAUCCAAGCAAUGGGGUCAAUGGGGGAACAGCGAGGUGAAAGACGAAGACGGCGAUAAUGGCCCACUUUGGAAGGGUGUAGCACAAGAUAACAACGGAGAUGACUUGGAGGUAGACUUGGAGGUGUCACGAACGAGAGAAGAACCUAGCUAGAUGUAUUAC